AUGCCCGUCGACCGGAGGAAGGCAGCUCUUUUUGCAGCCGCUGUCGCUGUUCGGCUGUUCCUUUUCGUUGCAUUUCCCUCAUUACCAGAUCUUCUGACUUCGAGAGUUGAAGUGUCGACACCGGUCAGCAGUUUCAAAAGAUUGCAGGAAGGUCUCUUUCUCUAUACCCGCAACGUGUCUCCUUACGAAGGCGGCGUCUUCCAUCAGGCUCCUCUUCUUCUCCCUAUAUUUGCCUUGCUGCCGAAUCCGCGAGAUUACCCGUUCGCGACGAGCUUGUUUUAUACCGCAAUUGACCUCUUGAACGCGAAUGCUUUGAUCACCAUCUCUGAUUCCGCCGAGUCUGUUGCAGGAAGAUUACACAGUUCGCUGCGCAAACAUGUUAGAUGGGAUGGGGUAGCCAUUGCCGCAUGGUACCUCUUUAACCCGUUCGUUAUUUCGACAUGCCUCGCUCGGUCCACAACUGUCUUCACGAACUUGUCCGUUUUAUAUGCAAUCUCCAGUGCCGUAAGUGGAAAUAGUGUGAAUGCCAUGGUCGCUCUCGCCACGGCAGCUUAUUUGUCUAUGUAUCCGGCCCUACUUUUCCUACCAUUGAUCUACCUUUGCUAUGACCGGUCAAUCGGGAACAAAAGCGAUGCAAAGAAGCCUAGUGAAUUUACUUUCGCUCUUGGACACUUCGGUACAUUCAUUGCAGCCAUCGCUGGACUACUCGGAGCGUCUUUCCUGGUGACUGGGUUUUCGUGGGACUUUAUAGCUGCGACCUACGGAUUCCAUCUCCUUGUCCCUGAUCUUGCACCAAAUGCCGGUUUAUGGUGGUAUUUCUUCAUCGAAAUCUUCGACUCGUUCCGAGAAUUCUUCCUCGGUGUCUUUUGGUUACAUCUAGUGGGCUACGUCGGUGGAUUGACCCUUCGGUUACGACGACAGCCGCUGUUCGCCAUCGCUUCGUUACUCGGAAUAUUCGCAAUCUUCAAGCCAUACCCGAGUAUUGCCGAUGUUUCGUUGUACUUUGCACUUCUUCCAUUGUACCGACAUUUGUCACCAUUGACACGAUACACUUUCUUUGCAGCAGCUGCACUGCUUUAUGCUACUCUUCUUGGCCCAGCUUUCUACCAUCUUUGGAUCUAUGCUGGAUCAGGCAAUGCUAACUUCUUCUACGCUAUUACACUAGUAUGGAGUCUCGGUCUGACAAUUCUUGUCGCCGAUCUUAUAUUUGCAGCCUUGCGAGAUGAGUGGGAACAGGAUCAUCCUGAGAUGAAGGGGAAAGAAGUCAGACAAAUCUGA